AUGCCGUUCCCCCCAUCAUUGUUGCUCCAUAGCCAGUGUGACCCCUUCCCAACUUCGUUAAGGUCAACACACACGCACGACCCAUUCGCCCUCUUCCAUCCAAAACUACAACCGAUAUUAGGAGUGUUCUGGGAGAGAAUUGAUCAGGACAAACGAAAGAAGGUACAACUCCUCGCAUCGGAGUUAGACAAAGUCUGCGCAGACCUCUACACGGGAACUCGUGAAUACACCUUCAUCGACAAACAGGUCAUCAACACGUGCUGCCUAGAAAUAGGAAGGAUCAACUUCAAGGAGAUAGGGAAGCAGCAGAGGUUAGACGAGAUCAUCAGGGAGAUUGGGAAAGUCAAGGACAAGCAGCAAAGAAUGGAUGAUAUUCUGCAUACAAACGUCGAGUCAGCACACGAUGGAAGCACCCCACGCGCCUCGCAGCGCAAUUCACCAGAAUCUGCACUAGGACUGCAGGAUUCUGCAUCGCAAGUUGGAGGACCAGCGUCCCCAACUCCAUCACUCUUACCCGCCUAUGUUCCCCCCAUCUGGGAAUUCGACGGACACCAGUUCGAGCAUCUAGAAGAUGCGCUCAGACAGUCCGCUCCCGGAGAGGUCCCGGACCACAUUCGCGAAUGA